AUGGACAUGGUCACCGCCCCCCUCCUUCUCCUCCUGCUUCUUGCGCCUCUCGCCACUGCGCAAUGGCCAGAUUGCGGCAAGAAGGGCAACUUCACACAAAAUAGCACCUACCAAGCCAACCUCAGGCUCCUCUCUUCCACCCUCCCCAAGAAAGCCGUGUCCAACACCAACCUCUUCGCCACAGCCACUGUGGGCGAUGUUCCGGACAUCGUUCACGCCCUUACGCUCUGCCGCGGUGACACCAACGCCUCCGCCUGCCAGAGCCGCGUGGCAACCGCCUUUGAGGACGCCGAGCAGCUCUGCCCGUACAAUAAGGAAGCCGCCGUGUACUACGAUCUCUGCAUGCUCAAGUUCUCCAACAAGAAUUUUCUCGCCACCACCACCGCACUGAUCCUCAUGAGCGACCGGAACUUCACGACAAACUCCGACAUCACCCAACGAUUAUUGUUCACGCUUAUCAACAGCACGGCUCAGUCGGCCGCGAAUAGCUCGAGGAGGUUCACUACCUCGCGCUUAGAUGUUGGUUCCUCCCCGACGCUGUACUGUCUUAUGCAGUGCACGCCCGAUCUGACCGCCGACGAUUGCAUGGCCUGUUUCCAGACUGUCUUGAGUCUUACGCUUGGGUACCUGGGCGGUAGGCAAGGUGGCCGACUUCUGGGAGUACGGUGUAAUAUGAGGUACGAGAUGUACCCAUUCUUCCAAGGGGACCCUACGCUGCGCAUUAUCAACUUGGCACCUGAAGUUCCGGCGAUCAACAACAAUACGACACCAGCUACCGUGCAACCACCAGCUGCGGCGCCACCACCGGAGGGAAAAGCGACCAUCCAAGAACAGAAUGGACGCAGCUCACGCAAGAGGGCGCUGUUGAUUAUCGCUGUGGUGGCUCCAUUAUCGUCAAUAAUUUUGUGCUUUAUCUGUUCCGUUGUAUGGAUGAGAAGACGAAGAAAAGGAAAUGUAAACUUAAACGAUCAGGCUGCUACGAAUAGGCCAGAAGAAGAUGCACUGGUUUGGCGAUUGGAGGAGAAGAGUUCAGAGUUCACUCUCUUUGACUUUUCUGAGAUACUGCAUGCUACACACAAUUUCUCCAAAGAGAAUCUACUUGGGCGAGGUGGUUUUGGCCCAGUCUACAAGGGCCAACUACCAGAUGAAAUGGAAAUUGCACUUAAAAGGCUUGCUUCACAUUCAGGACAGGGUUUCACAGAAUUCAAGAAUGAAGUUGAACUUAUUGCAAAACUACAACAUAACAAUCUGGUCAAACUCUUGGGAUGUUGUAUUCAGGGAGAGGAAAAAGUAUUGGUGUAUGAGUAUUUGCCAAAUAAGAGCUUGGACUUCUUUAUAUUUGAUGCAAACAGAACAACUUUGGUUGAUUGGAAAAAAAGGCAUGUGAUAAUCGAAGGGAUAGCCCAAGGUCUUUUGUAUCUCCACAAGCACUCUCGAUUGCGAAUCAUACACAGAGACCUUAAGGCCAGCAACAUUCUCUUGGAUCAGGACAUGAAUCCUAAAAUUUCUGAUUUUGGCCUAGCAAAAAUUUUCAGCUCCAAAGAUACUGAGGGAAGCACAAAGAGGGUAGUGGGAACAUAUGGUUAUAUGGCUCCGGAAUAUGCAUCUGAAGGCAUUUACUCGAUCAAAUCUGACGUGUUCAGCUUUGGUGUGUUACUUCUUGAGAUCCUUAGUGGGAAAAGGAAUUCUGGUUUCUAUCAGUACGGAGACUUUCUUAACCUUCUGGGAUAUUCAUGGCAACUCUGGGAAGGAGGGGGGUGGCUUGAGCUUCUAGAAGUCUCAAUUGUCAAGGAGAUCCAUACAACAGAGGCUAGGAGGUACAUUAACAUUGCACUAAUGUGCGUACAAGAGAGCGCAGAUGAUCGACCCACCAUGUCAGAAGUUGUUGCAAUGUUAACCAGUGAGAGUGUUAUUCUCCCAGAGCCUAAUCAUCCAGCAUACUUCAACUUAAGGGUAUCUAAGGUACAUGAAUCAGCUAGUGUUGUUGUCCCAUGUAGUAAUAAUGAUGUAACCAUCACUGAAGAGCCAGAUGGCAGAUAG